AGGAAUAAAAGAACCUCACAAGUCUAAAAAAGAGGAACAAAAAUAGUAAAUGGAACCCAAUUGAAACAUAAAUUCUGACCAAGCAAUGUGACAAUUGUGUGGGAGCAAUUAUAUCUCUCUCUGCUCCCUUUUACCUUUGCCUUACAUUCCCUUUGGAGUUUCUUUUGACGGCAUUGUUUGGAACUUGAAGGGGGAUGUGGGUUUUCUCUAUCUAGGAAUUUCAUCAUCAAUUCAAGAAUAGAAGAAAAUGAUCAGGUUUUUCUUUUUAUUUUCCCUGCUGCUCCAUGCAACUUUAGCGAAGAAAGCAGCACCAGCAGGACCUUCAGAGAAAUGGCUCACCUUAAGUGGUAAACCACCCCUUGUUAUAGCUCGUGGUGGAUUAUCGGGGAUCGCUCCUGAAUCGAGCCAGAUUGCAAAUACGAUGGCUAUUAGCACAACUGCAGGUUCUACGAGUCCAGCUAUUUUCUGCAAUCUUCAAUUAACAAAAGAUGGCAUGGGAAUAUGUCAGACAGAUAUCAGGCUUGAUAAUUCAACAACCAUAGCACAAGUCUAUGGACUAAAAGAACAGAAAACAUACAAAGUCAAUGGAGAGAAUGUACAUGGAUCGUUUGCUUUGGAUUACAUACUUGAUGAGCUAUACAGCAAUGUCACAUUGAUGCAAAAUAUAAUGUCUCGACCAGAUGUGUUUGAUGGCCUGCUGCCAAUAUCUAGUGUCGAUGAUGUAGCAGGAACUAAGCCCCCACAGCUUUGGCUGAAUGUUCAGUAUGACAGAUUCUAUACCGAGCACAAACUCAGUAUGGCAUCUUUCAUUCAGGAAACGACAAGACUUACUGGUGUGAACUACAUUUCAUCACCUGAGAUUGGCUUCUUGAAGUCAAUGAACGGAAAGGUGAACAAAGCGCGGACAAAACUCAUCUUUACCGUCCUAGGCCCAGAUGUACUUGAACCCACAACCAACCAGAAAUAUGGUGUAAUCAUAAAGGAUCUUGCCACAGUCAAGUCAUUCGCAAGUGGCAUUCUUGUUCCCAAAGGAUACAUAUGGCCUGUUAAUAAACAAAACUAUUUAGAAGCAGUUCCAACUACUCUUGUGACUGAUGCCCACAAAGAAGGCCUGGAAGUUUAUGCUUCUGGAUUUGCAAAUGACAUGCCAGCAAGUUACAACUACAGCUAUGAUCCAUCAGCUGAGUACCUGCAAUUUAUCGCCAAUUCCCAGUUUUCCGUUGAUGGGGUGCUCACCGAUUUCCCUCCUACAGCAGCACAAGCCAUUGCUUGCUUUGCUCAAAUGGGGAAUGGAACCACGACUAGGAAAGGACAACCUUAUUUGAUCAUCACACACAAUGGAGCAAGUGGGGUUUAUCCUGGCAGCACUGAUCUUGCUUACCAGCAAGCAGUAAACGAUGGGGCUGACAUUAUUGAUUGCACAGUUCAGCUAUCAAAGGAUGGAGUUGCCUUCUGCUCGGACACUGCAGACCUUGCAGGAGAUACUACUGCAAUGAGUUCUUUUAUGGCUCGAGCAACCACUAUCCCUGAAAUUCAAGCAAAGAGUGGAGUCUUUUCAUUCGAUCUUGAAUGGAGCGAGAUUCAAACCCUCAAGCCUCAAUUGGCUAGUCCUUUCGAAACCACUCAAAAUCUUGUAAGGAACCCAGCAGCCAAAAAUGCAGGUAAACUUGUUACACUUGCCGAGUUCCUGGACUUGGCUAAGACAAAGGCAGUAUCUGGAAUCAUGAUCGACAUUCAGAAUGCUGCUUACUUAGCAUCCCACAAGGGUCUUGACAUUGUAGCUGUUGUGACCUCUGCCUUGAGCAACGCCACAUUUGAUAAGCAAUCCACUCAACAAGUCUUGAUUCAAUCAGAUGACACUUCUGUUCUGUCCAAAUUCAAGGAGGAUCCUACAUACAAACGAGUGUUGAGUAUUGCAGAACUAAAAGGUGAUGCACCCAAGCAGUCUGUAGAUGAGAUCAAGAAGUUUGCUGAUGCAGUCAAUGUUCCAAGAGGGACACUCCUUGUGACUACAGAAGAUGGUUUUACAAAAUCCACCACAAAUGUUGUUAAGGAAAUGAAAGCUGCAAAUAUCUCUGUAUACGUCUCCGUACUAAUGAAUGAAUUCCCCACACUCGCAUUCGAUUUCUUCUCAGACCCCAUAAUUGAGCUUGCCUCCUUCAUCCAAGGAUUGGAAGUCAAUGGCAUAGUAACAGAAUACCCUGCAACCGCAAGCAGAUACUUGGGAAGUCCAUGUUCUGAGCCGAAUGCCAAGACAGCCUUCUUGAUGUCUCCAAUUGGUGGAUUGCUGUCGACAGUGGAAUCGAGAAUGCAAGCACCUGCCGCUGCCCCUGCUCCACCGAUUGAGGUAGCAGAUAUUGUUGACCCACCAUUGCCACCAGUGACCAAAUCCUCAACACCCGAUGGUGCGGGUGCGGGCGCGGGUUCUAAUGUUACUCCUGCACCUGGACCUCGUUCAAGUGGUUUUGCAGGCAAUGCUAAUGUGGGUCUUUCUUUACUGGCCAUUGCUGUGCUUAGCUUCUUCUCCAUCGGAUAUUAUCUGUAGUCACCAUGUCUUGGAUCUGUAACACUAUAUUUGUUUCACUUACACUUCGAAAUUAAGCCAUUAGCAUCUGUUUCAUAAAGAGUUUGUAUUAUACUCAACAAAUUUGUGAUUAGUUUCUAUAUUAAGACAAUUAAUUCCAAGAUCCUAUUAAAUCCCAGUUAAUUAUUCAUAAAUUUGAUGCUAGAUUCCAAUCUGGAAGAAAAAUUAGGUUUUUCCUCCUAUUAUCAUCGUUUUCUAAGAAGCGAAACAGGAUUAAGCAACAAAAGAAUUGACAACGAGGCUCAGAUUCGCCUUUUAUCAGGCAAGAGAGUAACAGUCAGCUGCCAUGGCUGCGAUCAACACGGUUGCCCCGUGAAAAGAACAUAGUCACGUAUCUAUUCACAGAGCUUCCGCUCUCGCCUCGCCAGGAAACUGGUUGUUAGUCAGUGCCUGAAUCAUGCUUUUAAGAGUUAUCAUCACAGCCUCAACGCAUUCGGAUUUUAGAAGAAUUGUUAUUGUUGUUGACUGUGGUGGUGAUGAAGAUAGAUAUAUAUAUAUAUAUAGACAGAGAAAGGGUGGUUGUUGUUCCAACGAUUUACAGUGAAAUCAUCGGCUCCGCAGGCAUUCAGAGAGGGAGGCAACCACCCUCAGGAACCAGUCCGGCCUCUCUGAGAGCAAAGCCUCAUUCUUAAACUAAUGAGUUGCAAACCCUAACUCGGUCUCACAUAUCCAUUUAUUACAUUGCCCCAAUUUUUAUGUACUUCCCAUUUUACCCUUCCUUUAACAUUAUUUGGUGACCGUAGGUCGUGGGUAUUAUUGUCCUUCGAUGAGGAUUGAAAUUGAAUUCUGCGUUCUUCUACACGUUCAGAGCAUGCGCGACCUCGAGCAGAGCGACAUUUUAUAUGCUGUUGAUCUUCUUCAAUGAAUUCUCAGUUUAAUGUUUGGAUUUGAAGCCUUUUAUUCCAAAUUUUCUUAGUUCGUUCACCGUGAUUUUCAUACUGUGGAAAUUCAGAAAAUCAAAUCGAAUUAAGAAAUCCUAAGUAAUUCUAAAAUUAGGGGAAAGAAAAGGGGCUGCGAGGCUCAGAUUCGCAUUUCAUUAGACAAGGAAGAUAGACCACCAUGGCUGCAAAACAUGGAGCUGCCGGUGAAACGACGGAGAACUCCACCGUUUCACCAGGCAAGUUCUCAAAGCUGCCUAGCCAAGUGACGGCGCUCUUCCGAUGCCUAAUUUUAGGGAUCUGAAAACGUAUCAUCACCGCCUCAUCGCAUUCGGAUUUACAUGAGAGAGAGAGAGAGAGAGCGAAAGAGCGAGAGUACAGAAAGCAGACAGACAGAUAGAUAUAUAUAUAUAUAUAUAUAUAUAUAUAUAUAUAUAUGUAUGUAUGUGAAAGGGUUGUUGGUAAUACUAAUGUGAAAUCAUCGGCUCCGCUAUCAAUCAGAGAGGGGGCAACCACCCUCAGAAACCUUCAUCUCUCUGAGAGCAAAACCUCAUUCCUGUUAACAGUAGAUCCCAUUGCUCUCUGCAAUGCCAUGGCCCCUCCUUUUGAAGUCCUUGUUUCUCCACUUGUUCCAUU